AUGCCAGGUUUCACUGCAUGUGGCAGGGUGGGCAUGCUCUGGUGCGACUUGAGAUGGUUCCUUGGCGUGUUCAGGGAGAAUCCCAUUGGGUCAUUCGAUGACGAUGAAGAUGAGGAGGUGGGUCUUGGGUUUCUUGUUGGACAGGCCAUCCUUGCCCUUCAGACGCCACUUAAUGCCACAUGCAUUGCAAAGUGA